AGUGAAGGGUACCGCCAAACAAAUCGGCGAGUCGGAUAACAUAAUUUGCCGCAGUGACACAACAGCUUUCAUCAUGGGUAUCAUAGAUAGUUUCAUGGGCGCUUCCACUUUGACGAAAGUAGCAUUUAUCGUGUUACUCUUAGCUCAGAUAUGUAGCUGGAUUGCGUUCACAGUAUCUGCAUGGGCCAAAGUGUAUAUAACUGUUAAUACCUAUUCGUAUUAUGGUCUAUGGAGAGUGUGUGGUAAUGCUCAAUCAAACGCUGUGUCCCCGUGUAGCCCAGUGGAUGGAACUGGUCUUGAAUGGUACGGUGCCACCCAGGCAUUCGCCAUAUUUGGCUUCGUGGGCAUCAACGUGGCCUUCCUCAUUGUCGUCCUGCAGAUGUUCACCGACAAAUGCAAGUCGGUCAGCGACCUCACUAUUGUAAACGCCAUCAUCUGUUUUACGGCAGCCGUGUGCUACUUACUGGCAGUUAUCAUCUUUGCAGUAUCGAUUGACAAGUAUUACUGGAAACCUGACUUCGGUUCAUCCUUUGGUCUAGCUAUUGUGGCGGUCAUUCUUGCCGCUGUUGCCGGUGUGGUGAUUAUAUUGGAUAAGAAAGGCGGCGGCGGAACAUCUCCAGCCUAGAUACUCGAUGGAGAACAAUUCGUGUCACUAACUGAAGGGAACUUUAUGAAUGACUCCAAAGAUACAUUCUGUAAAUAAUAUUGCCACUUACUUUCCAGUCUAAUAGGAGUCGAGGACUAUUACAGCAUACGUAUUAAAGUGAUAUUAAAGCGCGAUUUUAAACAGGACUCUGCCUUUUGGCAACAGAGACCACUUUCAAAAUGACAUUUUGGAACCGCAUAUAAAAAUACAUAUUCAAUAUUUGCCUGUUGACAAUUCACCUUAAGGUUUAUCGCGAUCAUUACACAGUGGUGUCUAAACUAUAUUUAAACAGUAUUUCAAUAACUCAUUACUCACCGUCAUAGCUAAGGCAUAUUAAUUCGUCAUUCCACGUAUUCAAGUUAUUAUCUGUAUGACAGAAACAAGACACCUGCCGCUGUUAUAAUUGAUAAUACCAACUUCUUACGAUAUCAAAAGACAAAAACAUGAAAACAAAUCCAACUCAGAAUGUUUUAACGAAAGUAAAUAAAUAUUACUUUCACUCUCAUUAAUUAGGAGUAAUGCGCUCGGUAAAGAUAAAACAUCAUUAUUUAUUAUUUAGUUAUUUUUCUUUCCUUUCUUUUCUUUUACUUGUAGUGUUUUUUUCUAAGUUUUCAUUUGAAGAGUUAUUUUAUAACGUUUAUUUACGUUUCAGUAUUUAAUUUAAAUGAGUUAUUGUAGUCGCCAAUAAAAUAUUAUUUGUAAUUAAUUGAAGACAGUCUAAGUUAGUUAUCCACUAGUGUCUCAUCCAAGGUUUUGAAUAUAUAUACAUAUAUAUAUAUAUAUAUAUAUAUGUAUAUGUAUAUGUAUAUGUAUGUAUAUGUAUAUGUAUAUGUAUAUGUAUAUGUAUAUGUAUAUGUAUAUGUAUAUGUAUAUGUAUAUGUAUAUAUAUAUAUAUAUACUUUGUAUAUCACAUUGGCUCGAAUCCCGUCGGUGCUCGAGAAGUGUUCGACCCAUCGGGUAGUUCGACCCAACCGUUUAGUCAACAACGUAUAAGUGUAACUCGGGACUUCGUUUUUGGUUCGAGCGUUGCGGUGUAUUCGACCCUUCCGAGUUCGACCCAACGAAUAUUUAUAUAUAUACUAGCAUGCAAUACAUUAUAAAAAUGCACCACAUAUACGCGAUUGUUUUUAGGUUUACCUCUUUCUUUCUUCUUUUUUGGUAAAAAAAAUGUUGUCAUGUUAUUAUGAUUUGUCUUCCAAACCUAACUAAUGUGCUUCAAGCUAAACAUGUAUUUUUAUUUUGUUAAAUGUGAUAUAGCUACAAUCCAAACCUAUUUGUCUCAAGUUGGCUCGCACUCUUACACGCGCAAAGAUCUAGUUCAACAGUUUCUGGCAGAUCAGCUCAUGUUGUCUCGUAGUCUAUAAAAUUUACAAAUAAUAGUAGUCUUCUAAAUGUGUAUUUAACACUCUAUUAAAAUAAACUUUUUCGAUAAA